AUGACCCCACGUCUGGAGAAGGCCGUUGUUGCAGAUGUAGAUCAGGUUCUCCACUUUUGUCGCCUGAUGAUCGACCGAGAACAUUUCGGCACGCUUUGGCCGAAGUAUAAGGCUACCACGCAGUACCAUUGCAUGGUGUGCAAGGUUCAAGAUACUGAUUCUAAGAUGGAUUUCCCCAUCCUAUGUGAGCAUCUCCUUCAUCGGGAUCUCGUUCAGGCUGAGAAGAUUCAGAGGAUCACUUGGCUUCUAGACAGAGUGUACGAUGUGCUGGGUUCAGAUAACAAGAUAGCAAAGGCCGUACCGUUCAAGGUCACUCCGAAAGGCGCGAAGCAAGACCGUCAAUACCAGGCCAUAUUACGGUACACAGGACCGGACAUCGAGACGCGCCUCACGCUGGAGCAAAACCACGAGCAUUGGCUCGCACAUCCUCAAUAUUUCUGGGAGCCAGUGAAUCACACUGCAUUCGGUGGCCUGAGUCCAGAAGCACAAAUUGUCAGCCGUUACGUGAGUCUGCGCCGCAGUGACGUGUAG